UUACCUUUCGGUACAUACAUGGUGAAAAUAAGCGUAGAAUGGGUUGCACAAGCAGCAAUAUACCAAUGGUAUUAUCGCCAUCUCCUUCACCAUUUGUCAAAGAAGAACCCGAGAAGUACCUAGGUUUAGAUUGCAUUUUUAUAGGAACAGAUCAGGCAAACGAAACUGUAAAAAUUGAAGAUGAAUUGGAAGAAUACAAAGACUUGGAACAUGAAAAUGCAAUAAACGUCUGUAAAGAUAGAAAGAAGUAUGCACAUUUUUUUGAUAAUUGGUCUCCAGAAUUCGAGGAUUUUGGUGAAAAAAUUCCAGGACCUAGCAAACCUGUUUCACAUAAACUUACCGUGAAAGACAUAGAUACAAGAGCAAAAGAGGCUUCUCAAGCGUGUGCUAGCAGUUUUGAAAAAUUGAAAAGUUAUCUUCUCAAUGGUUUAGCAGAACAUGAGAAUAAACAGAAGUUGACCGUCCGGGCAAUUGUUGUAUGGCUAGGAGAACAAAACCCUGAUGACUUUGCUGAUCGAACUCCAUCUCGAGACACUCCUGAGGGGUUCCUUUCUUUACUUUCAAAAAAACAAUCACUCUUUGUCACUUUCUUUACUGUACUUUGCAGAGCGUUUGGGCUAAAAUGCGUGAGGGUAUCUGGAAUAUCAAAAGCCGGAGAAUACCAACCAGGGGAUGGACUAAAUUUGAAUGAUGAUGCUGGAAAAUAUGACACAAAGUACAGGGACACUUGGGCAUCCGUAUUUGUAGACAAAAGGUGGGAAAUCGUGCAUCCAUAUUGGGUCUGCAAAAGUUUAGUAGGCUAUAAUGCAGGGGGAUGGAUGAAGCUUGAGGGGAGUGGUAAAUCGGUCCUUGAAAAGGUUGAAGAAUCAGUUGGAGUCUUAAAAAAGGCAUUCAAAGAAUACUAUAUUUUCCCAGAUCCUGAAGAAUUCAUAUACCUAUGUCACCCAAAUAAUGACAAAUGGCAAUUCGGUAAGAAACCCAUCAACAGAGAAUCAUUCCUUGAGAUGCCCUACCUAUUUCCGACAUUUUUUGGAUUAGGUUUGAAAAUGGUUUCUGAAAAAUCCUGCUUAUUACAAAGUACGAAUGGAGAAGUGAUAAUAGAAAUUCAAGCACCGAUAAAGAACGCCAACACAAUCGACUUAUGGUAUGAAUUAUAUCUAAAAGAAGGCAGUGAAAACACUGAUGAGGACAUCAAAUUUUUGCUUAAAGAUAAAACCCUUCCCAAACUGGUUGCAAUGGUGCGAUGUGGUGACUUGUGGCGUUUUAAGAUAAGCCUACCAAUGAAAGGAACAUUCAAAUUAUGUUGCUACGGUGCACCCCAUAACUCAACGCUAUCUAGAAUUGCAGAGUUCCGCAUCGACAAUCGAUCUCCAAAGCAACAUUUCCACAUUCUACCAUUUGACCCUGGACGUAUCGGAUUUGGUCCAGGUCCAGCAACUACAGAGGCCAACUUGUUUACACCGUCGCAUCCUGAUGGAUUUGUUCCUGUUAAACCUAAAACUAAACUUGACAUUUCAUUCACUACAAUUCAACGUGUUUUUGAGAAAAAAUCAAUUAUAGCAAUGUUGCAUCACAAUGACACCGAUUCCAAGGAUCUGGGAAGUCACGUUCGGGUUGAAAUGAUAAGUAGUACAUGCAUGGUCGUCAUUCAAACUGAGGUCCCUUUGGAAGGAGAGUAUGCUUUGACAAUAUUUUCCUGCAAAAAACAAGAAAGCACCAACACUUCAUCUCUUUCUUCCAUCGCUCAUCAUAUGCAUGGAGUUAAUGUUUGUAACUACCUGCUGAGCACUUACUUAAAGAAACCUGAGAAAACCAAUCAGAGAAUUGCCAGACAAAAACUACAAAUCGCUUUAUCGCACAUUGAGGUUGGACAAUUGUUUAGCAAGGCCGUGGACGAGUUUCAUAAAGCCGUGGAAAGAUGUAUCAAGCAAAACAUAAGCGAAAACGACAAUGACAUUGUCUCCGCUAAAGCUAAAGUGGAGGUUCUCACUUUGAAAAACGACGCACGUGAUGCUAGACUUCGAAACAAUUAUGAUGUGACAGAGAGAACUCUAAAGAAAAUACAGUCGUCCAUCUAUUCCCCUAUCCUUAUGAGGGAAAUAAAUACACUUAAGAACCUCUUCCAAAGUUUGAAAAGGGACAAAGACGAAUUAUAGCAUAUUCAUUCAAUUGUGUCUGAUACCUGUGUUUGAAUUUUAUCUUUUCAAUACGGACCUUUCCCUUUGCAGAUGCAAAAGUUACUACUUAGAUGAUUAAAAUAAAUACAUGCAUCAAGUCAAAUAAAAGGAAUUUAAAGAGAAAGAAACUGAUUAAUUGAACAUUUUCUUUUGUACAUUCAAAGACGUAGAUUAGUGUUCUAAUAAGUAUUAAUAUUUUUGUUCAUUAUCCCCAAAUUAUAGUAAGGAUGCAUAUUUUAAUUCUAUUUGUUUGGUUGAAUAUAAAAAUAUCCAAACUAUAAUUCAUUCACGUCACCUUAGUCAAGGAAAAAUGAAAAUGGAGUACUGGGUAUCUGAUGACUUUAUUUGUAGAAUGAAAAUAUAGAUGCAUUGACCUACAAAAUAAUAUAUUAUUUGAGAAAACUGACAAAAUGAAAGAGAAGACAAUAGCUCUAAAUUACCACAAGUACAUUAUACGUUCUAUAAAAAAAUCAAUAACAGCGCAAACUGUAAAAAAAUAAACUUUGAACUUUACAGACACAUUUCAAGUAUUGUAACUGUAAUUACAAAAAUACACUUUAGUAUUGACAAUGCAAUUAAAUUAAAACCAGACCCUAGCAUUUACACUGAGAAGUAAAACAUAAGUUAAUAUGAAAUUUACAUAUCAUAAGAUGCAACGAAUAUUGGCUGGAUAAUAUAUUCUAGAAACGGUGUACUGCUCUUACUUAAUAAGAACAGAAGGUAACUUAUAAAUACAUAUAGCUUCAAUAUAAUUGGUAAAUAUGAACCAAUGAAAUUACAGAUAAAAAAGAACUCGAUUAACUUGCAGAGUAAAACUUUGAAUGAUACGAAUUUAAGAUUCUAUUGAACAAAACGAAAGAUACAAAAAAUAAAAAACAAAUAACUGCACAUAGACAUAAUACUCUUACUAUCACAUUAUCACUUUAAUCAAAUAUAGGUAAAUCUAAUAAAGGUAAAAUUGAUUUUGUAAGGGAAAAAAUUCUUUUGUAGAAUUUUUUGGGGGGUUUAUGUACACAUUUACGGAUACCUCUCGGUUCAAAUUUUCGUGUUAUGUUUUAUGCACUCUGUUGAGGUAUUAUCUAAAUGAUUUUAAUGGUAAUAAAUCGUUCAUACAAUGAUGAUUUAGUUCGAUAGUUAUAACUUUACGUCUCUUUAAUUAUUCAUGGGUUAUUAUAUGAUACCUAGUAAUAUUGAUAAAUCAAAUAUGCGAAUUAAUGACUAUUAUGAA